CGGACGUAAGCUGACUACUAUUGACCUAGGAACUAGUGGCAAGCGACAUAAAUUAACCUUCCCGUACCCGUAUCUACUAGCCUAACUAGGUUAAUCUUUACAUCGCCAACACUGCAAUCUGAGGGGAUGUCCAAGUUCAAUUUGACUCGCGUCGAGGUUUGGAUGGCAUUUUGACCAGUUUGCAACGUCGAUCUCGUUUUAUUUGUCUCUCUUUUGUGUCAAUGACGCGCGAAGAAUUAUUAUUGAUGACAGCAAGGCACUUGGCAUGUUUGUCAAUGGCCCAAGGCUGUCGAGUGCCUGGGGUUGACUCAUUUACGCGAUUGUUGCCUGGAUCGCGACCCACUUCGAAGAUCAACUCUGGGGUCGCCAGAAGAUGCAAACUGCGAUGCGCCUGCGGUUGGUUUGGCGAGUUGAUUUCCAUUGAGCGAGAUAUGUGUAUAAAAAGAGAAAGGAUGUUUGUGGUCGGUGAUGAUUUUCCGCUGGGAAAGCAGAGGACUUUUUCCUACAGUCGCCGACCCCCAUACUCAUUCAUCAUCUCGUCCAUUCCCCCAAGAUGCCUCUCGAAAGUGACUUGACCAUCAAUGCUUCCAAGUUCUCUCCAGAUAGCAUCGCCGAGUCAACCAAGCAGGCCAAUGCCCUCCUUGCAAAUAUUACAGCCAACGCACCGAAAUGGUAUGAAGUCGGAUCCGCGCAAUAUCGCGAGAUGCAGCUGUCUGGCAAGACGCCACUACCUCCGCCUGUAUACCUUCCAAAUGCUAUAGAGACUACAGUCCCUUCUCGAGACCCCUCGCACCAGAUUCCCGUUCGUGUUUACAAGCCCGACAAUGAGCCUAGCAAGGGCGUCUUUCUGCAUGCCCAUGGCGGUGGGUGGGUUUUGGGGAGUCAUGACCAUCAGGACCGCAGCCUGCAAAUGUUCGCCAACGGCACGGGGUUGACAACCGUCUCGGUGGGCUACCGUUUAGCCCCAGAGAAUCCAUACCCAGCGGCGAUCAACGACUGCAUCGAUGUGGCCGAGUAUCUCGUCGACGACCCAUCACGGUACGGUUCAGUCCGGUUUCUUGGAGGCGAAUCGGCCGGUGCAUAUCUUGCUCUUCUCUCAGCCUUCCAUCUGCUUCGCACUCGGCCCUCCCAUACAAUCUCCGGCCUUGUCCUUCGAUAUGGCGAAUAUGACCUCGCCGUGGGGUUGCCUGCAAUCGUGAAGUCCGCGUCUACCAAAGCACUCAUGAUCGACCGAUAUGCCAUGGAACGCUUCAACAGCGCCUACCUACCCAAUCUGUCGAUAGAAGAGCGCAGAGACCCGUCUCUGUCCCCGUUAUACGAGGACGUUGCUGCGCUGGUAGCCGCUACUCCGAACGGUCUGCCUCCGGCGCUGUUUGUUUGCGGGACUGCGGAUCCUUUGCUAGAUGACACGCUUCUGAUGGGUAUGAAGUGGAACAUAGCUGGUGGUGAAUCCAUAGUCAAGGUUUAUCCGGGGGCAGCUCAUGGGUUCACGGUUAUACCGGGUCUGCCUGUUGCUGAGGAGGCCAAUGCGGUUAGUGUUCAGUUUAUGCGGGAGAAGUUGGCUGUUUAGCUUGAGUGGGCUUGUGAGAUAUGUAGAGCAGCGCAGGGUCCCUUCGAUUCCAGAUGCUAAUUAAACAGCACAAAUACUAUGCGAAUUGGUCGAAUUACUGGAAUCGUCGUCACGAUAAUCACCCCUGAUUUUCACCUUUACAUGAAGACUAUUGUACACUGAAGUUCAGAGUCCCAUUAUUGCCUGGAGAUGCGAAGAUAAAGACUCAAACGUCCCUUCCGCCUUCGCCAGCCUGGUUCGGCCAGUAGCCAGAAACACGCCGAGUCGUCUGUCUCUAGGGCAAGGCUGCUGCGACGCUCCACUACUCGAGCGACCGAGGUUUCGACGCGAGUCUCGCAAUCAUGCCAUACGGUUAGAAAGACCUCUGGCAAGUCACGGGUUCCGAAAGCCGCAGACCCGUCGUUAAGGAGGAGCUAUUGCCGCAGCCCUAGUGCCACUAUAGCCGAUCAGAGACUCCGAGCUAUGAAGAAUAGCGCUCGUGCAUCGCCCCGGUUUGGAUCAUGUGUGUUGGGGAAUGUCGUUGACUGGCGUUUUGGAACUCCGGUCAUGAGAGGGUUGCGUGUAGUGUGAUAGCGUAAUCCAUGCGUUGCCGACUUGUCAUAUUCAGAGCUCGGUUUAUGCGUUUGUGGGAGGGGCGCCGCGGGCAAUACUAGGUAGAUGAUAGGGACGGGUGGGAUGGCGAGGAUCAUGAUUAGUAGUAUUUGCGGCGGUGGUUGAGGCAUGGCUCAGAGUCCUAGAUUUCGGUCUCUUCGUAUCAUUCUUAUGUACCUAUCACCAUCAGUAAUGGACUCGUUACUAUUACAGGAG